UCAGGGCAAACGGUGUCGGGAUACCUUGAUGUAGAGCCAGAGUGUCCAACAAAGUGUGAAUACAUCGUAAAUAGAAUGACCCUUAUGUCAUUUUAAAUUAUCACCAAACCCGAUGUUAACCAUUUACAGUAGGAGUGAACGACAACUCUGGAUUGAUAUCAACAUUCGGGCCUGAAGUAUCAUGUUCACCAUCUUCAGCAUCAUGAUCCCUCACAAGGCUUCACUUCGGAUCUGUGUUUGUCUGGCUUUGUUAGUCAUUUACUUCGAAUGCAAACAUUUGGGAUUGGCAGUUGGCAGUAAUAGUGCACGUAGUGUGUCUACUUAUUCUCUUCACUCGAGCAAGUCUUUGCUAAGUCAGUGGAGUAAUAUUUCGAAAGGUGCAUCAAGUAUGAAAACGUUGCCAGACUCUUUCAAUGGCGAUGACACGGUUCCGAAUCUGUGUCCUCAGGUGCCACCAAACUUAGUGGGAAAUAUUACCGCACGUAUGGAAGCUCUCCCUUUUGAGGAACUUGAAAGGCGAUUUGCAGAACUCAAACCCGGUGGUCGGUUCACACCUCCCGAUUGUAAGUCCCGUCACCGAGUGGCCAUCAUUGUUGCCUAUCGCGACCGAGAGUCCCACCUGAAGGUCCUCCUCAACAACCUCCACCCCAUGUUGCAACGGCAGCAACUAGACUAUGGCAUCUACGUUGUGGAACAGGCUUUGCCGGGCAUUUUCAACAAAGCUAUGUUAUAUAACAUAGGCUACACAGAAGCAAUGAAGGAAUACGACUACCAGUGCUUUUUCUUCCACGAUGUGGAUCACAUCCCAGAGAAUGACAAGAACCUGUACACCUGUCCAAAGAACCCACGUCAUGUGGCAGUUGCCAUUGAUAAGCAUCAGUAUAAACUUUUCUAUCAGGGCGCAUUUGGCGGGGUGAUCGCACUGACCAAAGAACACAUGAACACAGUCAAUGGCUUCUCAAAUAGAUACUAUGGCUGGGGUAUGGAAGAUGAUGACAUGUUCAGAAGACUUAAACACAGUGGUUUAAAAAUAACUCGAGCAUCAAAAAAAUUUGCUCGAUACAGGACGAUAAAACACAGUCGAGACAAAACAAAUCCAGUAAACAAGGACAGAUUCAAACUCUUACGGCAGGUAUCCAAAGAUAUGGAAACUGAUGGAUUAAAUUCACUCCGCUAUGACUUACUGAAAAAGGAGUAUAAAAAACUGUACACCUGGGUCUAUGCGCAGGUUGGUGAAAAAAGAUUCCUUCCUCAUGAAUCGAAUGGUCAAGUUUAGUUCACACAUGUCCACAUCACCUUUUCAAGCAAGUGCUCACCUCCUAAAAAGCAAGACAUCACACUGAAAAGGUUAUUAAAUAUAAUAAAGCAUUCUUACCCA